AUGGACAAGAGGGACAAGGCCAAGGCCGGGGCUACCGCGCGGACGCUGGCUUCUCGUUCGCCGGCCCUUACGACUCCCAAGCCCCCAGGGUCUCCGCGACCCCCUCCUCCAAUAACUACCGCAGCCCUCCGUGUUCUCGGAGCAGCGGGACGAAGGCCUCCUUCAGAGCGAGUGGGGAGCGUGGGAGCCACCCUCCCCGAAGCCAUUCCCAGGUUGGGACCAACGCGGAAUGCCGGGACAGGCCCCCGGAGUCCAGCCUCCAGGCCGCCAGCGGCUUCGAGAGCUGAGAGUGGUCCUGCCAAGCCCCCUGGCCCUGCCAAGCCCCCUGGCCCUGCCAAGCCCCCUGGCCCUGCCAAGCCCCCUGGCCCUGCCAAGCCCCCUGGCCCUGCCAAGCCCCUUGGCCAGGGUUCUGUCUCUGUCACAGCACGUGCUAGCGGGACCGCCAGGUUGGGGCCUCCUGGCCAGAAGGGACUCCGACUGGCUGACGAGCCUGUGGCCAGAGGGAAAACCCUGGAGGCAUCCAGAAGGAGCAGCCCGAGCUCUGGAGCACGGAAGGACUCUUCCGGGCCCUCUUCUGGUGUUUCUUCACCGGCUAUCACCCGUCGGUCCCGGGUGCCUGAAGCCGACGUGGGACUCCACCGGGCAACUCCAAGUGCCCGGCCUCGGACCUCAACUGAUGCCUCCAAGAAGUCAGUGAGCAGCCUUGCGGAGCCGAGCCCUGCUGCCAGGAGGCGGCCCAGCGCAGGUGGAGGCCUCCAGAGACCGGUCACUCGCCCCUUGAGUUCCAACACCACACUGCUGCCCUCUCCAGCUGGCUCUGGGGUUUCCACCAGAGGCACACCUCGGGCUCCAGGCCAUUCCUCCCAGCCCAAGUCCAAAGGAACGCAGUCUCUGCGCUCCCCGCAGGCUACACCUCCAAGGAAAGCGGCAACCCCUGGACGAGGCCAGUCAUCUCCUUUGGCCACAUCCUCUCAGCAGGGUCCAAGGGCCGCUGCAUCUCCCGCGGCUGCCCCUCAGGUCCCUCCCACUUUUCCCACCUCUCCUCUGCUGGCCCCUCCAUCUCCUCCCGCCUCACCCCCUCUUCAGGCCCCUCCAUCUCCUCCCGCCUCACCCCCUCUCCUGGCCCCACGUCGUCCCCCGACUCCAGGCCCAGAUACCCCGAACCCCGGGCCACGGCUGACCUUGGCAUUGGCCCCAGUCCCACCUCCACCACCCUCCCGAAGUCCGUCCAGUACUCUGAGCGGCCCGGAUUUGGCGGGUCACAGCAGCAGCGCCACCAGCACGCCUGAGGAACUGCGUGGCUACGACAGCGGGCCAGAGGGCGGAGCAGCAGCUUCCCCGCCCGCCGAUGCGGAGCUGGCAGCCUGUCACCCCGCCGUCUGGAGCCGUGGUCCCACUCCACCGCUGGCCGUCCGCUGUACCCCAGGAGCACCUCUGCAGUGGCAGCCUGUUGCCGGGCCCGGCUCCGCUGACGGUUUGUGCACUAUCUACGAGACUGAAGGCCCUGAGACGGCGCCCCCAGCCCCCAGCGCUCUGGAUCCGGGUCCCGGUGCGGGCGGUGGGAAGGCUGCAGCAGCAGCAGCGGGUACAGGGGCAGCCACGCGGGGCUCGAAGCCUGCCCGUUUGGGUGAGCUACCGCUGGGGGCGCUGCAGGCGAGUGUUGUGCAGCACCUGCUGAGCCGGACGCUGCUAUUGGCUGCGGCUGAAGGGGCUACCGGUGGCGGCAGCAGGGACGCUGGGGCUGCGGGUGGGGGCGGCGGCGCGGGGGGCGCUCGGGCUACGCUCAGUGAUGCUGAACUGGGCCGCUGGGCAGAGCUGCUGUCCCCACUGGACGAGUCCCGUGCCAGCAUCACCUCCGUCACCAGUUUCUCCCCGGAUGAUGUGGCCUCCCCGCAGGGUGACUGGACCGUAGUGGAGGUGGAGACCUUCCACUGA